AUGAAUUAUAGCCUUACGUGCCACUCAGAUGAAGCGCAUGGCUUCAAGUGUUCGAUAAUAGGGUUUGAUAAUGUGUCGCUCUUGCUGGAUCCCGCGUGGAACGGACAAAAAACGUCUGUUGAGGAGUUCGUCACAUUUUGGUCUAAGCUCAUAAGCCAAGUGGAUAUUGUUAUAAUAACUCGGCCACUCAAGGAGUCUCUUGGAGCGUUCGGAUUGCUAUAUCAAAUUUUUUUGGCACAUUUCAAAUCGAGAAUUGCAGUCUAUGCAACUUUGCCAGUAGCUAACUUGGGACGUGUAACGACAAUAGACCUAUAUGCGUCGCAAGGCCUAUUAGGGCCUGUUGAAACGAAUGCGAUGGACUUGGAAGACGUUGAACAAGCGUUUGACCAUAUAACUGCGAUCAAAUACGCUCAGACCGUGGAUCUGAAAUCGAAGUUCGAAGGACUUUCGCUAGUUGCAUACAAUGCGGGGUCUACAAUUGGGGGAUCAUUUUACUGCAUAACAACGUACUCAGAAAAGAUCUUAUACAUGCCGCAAUGGAAUCAUACUCGAGACACAAUUUUGAACAGCGCCGCCUUAUUAGAUGAUCAAGGUAAGCCAUUAUCGGCGCUCCUGCGGCCAAGCGCCGUUGUGACUGCCGCAGAACUAACGGGCUCUUCAAUUACUUACAGAAAAAGAGCGCAAAAGUUUAAAGAACUCUUGAGAAACGUCACUUCGCGUGGAGGUACCGCUUUAAUCCCGUCUUCAAUGGGGGGUCGAUUUUUGGACAUGUUUGUUUUAACGCAUGAUUUACUUUAUGAUAGGAAAAGGCAACGAUCUGCCGGCGAUAUUCCUGUACUAGUAGUCUCGUACUCGCGUGGUCGCUCGCUGACGUACGCUCGAAGUAUGCUCGAAUGGCUAUCUUCCGCCGUAAUAAAGACUUGGGAAGCUAGAAAUGGGAAGUCUCCCUUCGAUAUUGGAUCAAAAUUGAAAUUUGUGACUCCAAAGGAUUUACCACGGUAUCCAGGGCCUAAGAUCUGCUUUGUCUCCGAUGUCGAGACUCUAGUUAACCAAGUGGCCAUGAAACUGUGUACUCAAGAUAAAACAACCGUAAUUUUGACCAAUCCCGACAUAGCAAGUUCAUCCGCAGUUUUAAAACAACUAUAUGAGAAAUGGUGUGGAGCGAAAAAGAUUAGUGACAAAGAUGCUUUUGAGCGGAAGCCAGUUUCGUUUUCGAAAACUAUUUCAAUUAAUGCUUUUGAAGAUAAAACUCUACAAGGCGAAAGUCUACAACACUUUACCGCGAUGAUAGGAGAGCGGAGAUCAAAAAGAUCAGAACUUCUUGAAAAGCUUGACAAAGAAAGCGCCAGAAUAAAGGGGGUUGAACCUUCAGAUGCUAUGGCAGGAGACGAAGACGAUGAAGACGAUGAGGAGGACGGCAUGAGGGACAUCAUUAGUGCAGCUAACAGAAGCAGAAGCAGUAAUCUCUCCUCGAACCGACCAAUCACGAUACCAGUAGAUACUCAAAUACAACCGAAUGUCGCGCCGCGUCUCAAGAUGUUUCCCUUUCAACCUGGCAAGAUAAAGAGCGACGAUUACGGGACGGUGGUCGAUUUCUCCGCAUUCAUUUCCGAAGAAGACAAAAACUCAAAUAAACGAAGUGCCACUGAUGUUUUCAGUGAAGAAGACGAUCCAUACGACAUUGAAAACUCUUUUAAAGCGCCUAAAAAAAAUCGAAGCGAAGGACCCGUACCGUUAUCAUCAUCAUCAUCAACAGCGUUCUCGGGUGAUAAGGAUGAGAAUCACGACGACGUCACUUACCUAGACUCCCUAAAGUCACCCGUCACAAGAGUUCCCAAAGAAGAGCAAGUGAACCUAAAUUGUUCAGUUGCUUUUAUUGAUCUCGGUGGGUUGGUAGAUCAAAGAUCGAUGUCCGUGAUACUCCCCUCCUUAAAGCCACGAUCAGUGCUCCUUCUAGCCUCUCCGCAGAGAAGCGAAAGUAGUUCAAUGGCUCUGAGGAACAAAAAUGUCGAAGUAAUUCUCCUCGAAGCUAACGUCGAAAAGCAGUUUGAUGCUUCUGUCAAAAUGAUCGAAGUGGCAUUGGAUCCUGAACUCGACCAGAACCUCAAAUGGCAGACUGUCAGUACUGGUUAUACGGUUGCCCAUGUUAUGGGACGGUUGAUUCGAGAUAUCAGUCAUACAGACCGGUCUAGUCAUAAGAUCAACAAAUUCGUUUUGAAGCCUCUAUCCAACACCACGAGAGUUCAACCUAAGGUAUCCUUAGCGAUUGGAGACGUUAAGCUUGCAGAGCUCAAACGAAGACUGACUCAGCAGAAUCAUGUGGCCGAGUUCAAAGGCGAAGGUGCUUUGGUCAUUGAUGGGAAAGUAGCUGUGAGAAAAAUUAGCGAGGGUGAAACUAUCGUCGAUGGCACACCUUCUAAACUGUUUUACGAAGUCAAGGCAGCUGUCUCAAACAUGUUGGCCAAGGUUUAG